UCAACACCACCACCACCAUCGUCUACAACAACAACAAAAUGUUCGUCUUCAACAAGCCGUGGAAGAAGCAAGCAAUGCUCAUCAACGCUGUGUCGCUGCUCUCCGUUGUCUUUCUUCUGCUGCUGAUUGAACAAGUCAACACUGAGGGAAUCAACAUCAAGCUCGACAUGGAGGGGGAUGAUGUUCCCACGGCUUCGGAGGGAGAGAAGGAUGCUUUGUUGACUACUGACCCUCCGACUACGACCACUGAGGAUACAACCACCAAAGCCGCAACCAGCGCAACUCUGAAGAAGGAAGCGCCGCGGAGGGGAAUGGUAAAAUAA